CCACAGAAAGAGCGAUAUCGAUAAUCGACUUGCGCUACUUCAUGAGCGUCAGAAUCAGUGGCGACGACUAUCCAACGACGCUGGAUCUCCUCCACGAAGUGGAGACACAUCUUCGAUAUAGUCGCAUCAUAACUCGGACAAUCAAAUAACAUGCCUCCACAGAUUAAGCAGGAUCUCAAUCGGUCAGGUUGGGAAAGUACUGACUUCCCUUCCGUCUGCGAGAGCUGCCUUCCAGACAAUCCUUAUGUGCAGAUGCUCAAGGAAGACUAUGGCGCGGAAUGCAAGAUUUGCACGCGGCCGUUUACAAUCUUUCGCUGGAAAGCCGAUCGCACUGCGCGCACGAAACGUACCAACAUCUGCUUGACAUGUGCCCGCUUAAAAAACUGCUGCCAAUGCUGCAUGCUGGAUUUGUCCUUCGGGCUGCCCAUUGUUGUGCGCGAUGCAGCGCUGAAAAUGGUUGCACCGGGACCACAGAGCAGUAUUAACCGCGAAUACUACGCGCAGGAGCACGAAAAGGAGAUCGAGGAGGGCCGCGGAGCUGUUGAGGCAUAUGAAAAGACAGAUGAGAAAGCUCGAGAGCUGCUCAAGCGACUGGCGAACAGCGAGCCCUACUAUAAGAAGCAACGGCGACUGGAGGGGACUGAUGAAGGUGAACCGUCCGAGUCGGGUCAGAAGCGAAUUGGAUAUGGAAAUGCCCCUGCGUAUGGAAACGGCCCUGGGCCUAUAAGGACAAGCGAAAGCAGAAGAGGCGGUAGUCUUCCCGGUCGGGGUGGACGGGCUGCUCGCGGCGGACGACCAUUCCCCGGUACAGCUCAGCUGCCUCCUGGCCCCGAGGACUACAUGCCACCUGCGGAUCCCAAGAUUACUUCUCUCUUUGUGACGGGAGUUGAAGAUGAUCUCCCUGAGCACCUUAUUCGAGAGUUCUUCACUCAGUUUGGCCAGAUUAGGUCUUUGAUCUGCUCGCACCGUUCACACUGCGCAUUUGUGAACUAUGCGGACCGCGCCAGCGCAGAAGCUGCUGCUCAGCACUGUAAAGGAAAAGCUGUCAUUCAAGGUUGUCCUCUGCGAGUGCGCUGGGGCAAGCCUCGACCACUUGACAAUAUGGACCGAGAAGAGCGGAUGAAGUAUGCCAGAGAAGGGCGCCAGACGGCUGCAGCUACGAAGAUUGCCGGUGCUGCUGCUGCCAAAGCCAUCGCUUCCGCUACUCAAGCAGCUGUGCAAGAGCCCGAACAGCCUUCCUACGCAGUUGCUCCGCCUCCGGGAAGCAGUGAGGUGCAAUACGCCAGUAUGGCCGGUGAAUAAACAUUAUUAUGACCAUAUUUCCUUGUUUUUCUUUUCUCUCAAGAGACAUGUUUGACCGAUGCUGGGGACAAAAUGUACUUGAUGGCUUUGGCGUUCCUUUUUUGUUACUUUAAUGACACACUCUGAACCAAUAUCCUUGACAUGGGGAAGUCGAGAAGAAAAGAUUGGGGUAUAUUUAUUAUGAUACAGCCGCAAAUACCGAUCUAAUAGUCACAU